UCCCCUUUUUUUUCUUCUUCUCAAAAUCCGGAUUUGGAUUUAUUCGAUACGGACUACAGAGUUUCAGUUCUUCCAUCCCUCUCUCGUUUCUCGCUUGGCUUCUUCGACUCUCUCUCUCUCUCACUCUGUAUCUCCGUUCCCGAAACGCAGCAACGCGCAACGGGGGACUACAGAAUGAUUCUACAGCAUAUGCUUGAGCUAGAGUUGAGGCUUGCUUGUGUCAGCAGUUGGAUAGUUGGAACGUUGCUCGAUGGGUGCACCUGAACUUUAAAAUCAAGUACUUGAGGUUUUUUUGCAGCGUAGCCUGAUCGAUACAGUAGGAAUAUCAAUCAAUGGAACUGUCUAGUGCAAGAGAUGCAUUUGAUCGUGUCGCCAAGAAGCAGAAGUUAUCCUCAUCAAAGUCCCAGGAAGUAAUUGAUCAAGUCAGCCACGAGAUUGAGUUAGCACUAGAGAAAAUCCAAUCAGUUGACCAUCUGAUUCCUCCAGAUGAUCAGAAAGCCAUCCUCAGGCAGCUAAAGCACAAACUCGACACAAUGAGUCCGCUGAUCCAACUAGAAGGUCCACAGAAGGAUGUGAAUGGGACCCUUGCAAAGUACCCGAAGCUUUUAGACAAGUCACUGAAUGCUGGCAUAUCCAAGGCAUACAGAAGUGUUGAUUUUGAUUUCCAUAUAGUGAAUCAGAUAAUAGCUUGCCAUUUCUACCGGCAAGGAUUGUUUGAUCUUGGGGAUUGUCUAAUACGGGAGGCUGGAAAACCAGAGGCGAUUUCCUUGAAGUCUCAGUUUAUGGAACUGGGUAAGAUACUGGAUGCCAUCAAGGCUAGAAACAUUGAGCCUGCUCUGAUUUGGGUCUCGAAAAACCUUGAGAAACUUCGGCAGUUUGGAUCGAAGCUUGAUCUGAAGCUGCAUAGCAUGCAGUUUAUGGAGAUCCUUAAGGGAGGAGGUCGGGUUGAUACCCUUAACGCACUCAACUAUGCGAAAACCCACCUUUCUCCUCUCUCUGGGGUUUACAUGAAAGAGUUCCAAAAGAUCACUGUCUGUCUGCUCUGGAGCGGAAAGCUGGAAAGAUAUCCCUACUCCGAGCUAUUGGGUCUGACCCAUUGGGAAGGUUUAGGUGAUGAGCUGAGCCGUGAUUUCCACAAGCUUCUGGGACAGUCCUAUAAUAGAGACCCCUUGUGUGUAACUAUCGCAGCUGGUAUUGAAGGACUACCUACUCUGCUGAAGCUGGCGAAUGUAAUGUCUGCAAAGAAGCAGGAAUGGCAAGCAUUGAAGCAGUUGCCAGUGCCGGUGGAUCUACCUGAGGAGUUCCAGUUCCAUUCAAUAUUCGUUUGCCCCGUUAGCAGAGACCAGAGCAGUGAAGAAAAUCCACCAAUGCUGAUGCCAUGCAUGCAUGUGCUCUGCAAACAGUCUAUAAUGAAGCUGUCUAAAAGCAGCUCCAGGUCAUUUAAAUGCCCCAACUGUCCAGCUGAAGCUUCAUUUGACCAAUGCAGGCAGUUGUUUUUCUAGUGAGCUUCUUCUUUGUGGAGCAAGCUCCGGUAAAAUAAACUAUUUUUUUUCUUAUUCUUCUGGUUUCUCCUGCUUUCUGCUGUAUAUAAGCAUUCUUGACAAAUCUGCCCGGAUUGCGAAUCUAUAUUAUACACACCAUCGUAUCUUCCGUUGGGAAGAUGUUUGUGUUGAUCCAA